UCGUAAAUCUCAGUCUUUGCCUUGCCUUACGUGCCCUCCUACGUUCCGCCUUCCUUGAGUUCUACCUCCUGUCAGACGAUAUAAAUACUUCACCUGUGUGAACCUGUGCACAAGUACACUGAGCCACAAGUUUAGAGUUACUAUCUGUUGAACCUGAGGACCUCUCCAUUGAAGGUCAAAACGAGCAUAAUAUAAAAGCUGACAAAGGAUUGGCUGAUAACAGAUUUAGGAAAAUCAGGGUGCGUGAUAACCGAAUAAUCAAUCUGUACCGAGGUGUGUUUCAUCAUUCGAGUGUUCUAGCUAUUUAUUCGCUUCGUACUCGUAGAGGAACAGCUGCUUUGAAAGACAACCGUACCUGGAUCCAGAGUCUAAAUUAAUAGCCGCGUCUUGUGCUUACCUUUCUGCUCAAGUUCCCAAGUUUUUGUGUGUGAGAGGUUAGCUAAGGCCUACAUAUUUUUCAGCCUACUUUUGGCGUAGUGUACUGUUUUGUAAAAUCAAUCACCCUCUUUCCGGGACAAUAUAUUUUCCUCCACUUACGUCAGUGUGGGGUUGUUUUAAAAAGUAUUUGGUGUGCGAGUUUCUUAUUCUAGUUUAAUUUCCACACUUUCUCUUGAAAGUGAACCCACCGCUGGACUGCAACAAGGGCUAGUGUUCACAAAGAGGAACAGAGGAAGCUGUGUUGGGUUUCCCCAGUGUACACACUGAGAGGACGCAGAUCUUCACCAUGUCUGAAGCGACGCCAGCAGCCAAAAACACAGUGAUGAUUGCUAUGGAUGGGAGUGAGCAUUCAUUCUACGCCUUCGAUUCUGUGAUGUCCACUGACGGCUCCGUGGUAUCCCACAUGGUUCAGCAAAGUGAGGAGGAGGUGAACAGGAUCGUUAUACAGAUCAAAGACAGGCUCAGAAAGUCUGGGGUAUCUGCCAGACUCAUGCGACUCACGGGCGACGCCGGCCACGCCAUCGUGAAAGCAGCAGACGAGAACAAGGCCAAUCUCAUCAUCACCGGCUCACGUGGUUUAGGCACCGUCAGGCGCACGCUGGUUGGCUCAGUCUCCAACUACGUCCUUCACCACGCCCACUGCCCGGUUCUUGUGUGCCAGAGGAAGCACCAUGAUCACAAGUCCUCCUGAAACAAGUUAGAGAAAAAACAAAACACCUCCCAAAGAAAAA